CGGAACGCUAUUACAGUUUGCAAGAUAUUUGACUUUUUUUAUUUGUAAUUAGUGAACAUUUGUUUGAUCCAAUUGAUCUGACAAUUUUUAUUUAAGAAAUCUGAAUUCAAGUUUUUAUCUUAUUUAGUCAAACUUUAAAACUUGCCUGGGCAUUUAACUAUGGAAAUGAAAGACGAUUCCGAAAUCUCAUUAUUUUCGCUCGAACUAGUUGUGGAAAAGGUCUAUAUACCACACACCCCAUGUAGAUUUCCCGCCAUAGCUUUCAGGCUGUUGGACUUUCCAACAAUAGUUAUCAAACAUGUGGAAGAUGACCUGUCAAAAGCUAUUCAGAGUAAAAUAUCUUUUGACCCUUAUUAUCAUUUGCCUGAUCAAUUCAUGGAAUUGAAAGAUAGGCAUGGGAACUUUAUGGUGAAAAAGGGUAAAUCUUGUUUAUUCAAAAUAUCUGCAAAUAGCCUAAAGCAACACCUAGCAAGUACACCCUUGUAUGUGAUGGUUAUUGAUUUAUUUCCUGAAGUACCAAAGCUUGUUGGUAACAGUUCAGUUCCACUUAAUUCCCUGAUGGAAUCAAUUUGUGUCGACAUCGCCAAACUAGGAUCAACUGUUCCAUCAGUGCAUGGAGACAAAGGCCUUUUUAAGCUUUACAACCUGAUGGGAAAAGAAAUUGGUUAUUUUGUUCUGGGCUUCCGUUUACUUUGCCUUGGACCAAGUUUUAUUGCACAUCUUCCAGAUACUGCACUGCUCCAUCAUAAACAAAAGGUACAAGAAGAUCAAAAUGUGGAUCACAUUAUUACAAAGCACCAGAACUUAUUGUUAGGUGAUAAAACAACUGUUGAUAUACCUGAUCGCCAACAAAAAACUACUUCUUCUAUGACUGACCCCAUGAAACAAGAUGCUUUUCUCCAAACAGUUGAGAUGAAAGAUAAAGAGAUCCUUGUUAAUCUCUAUGAAAAUGGAAGUAGUGUUGUUGAAAAUAAAGAUGUGAAAAAUGAGUCUCAUAAUGUAACCACACAAACUGACAAACAAAAGAGGAGAAAGGAGCAUCAGCGAGCCAUACCCGUACCUAAAUGGGUGGAACAAAUUGAACAUGAAAAUGAUGAUAAUGAUUUAAUGAUUAAUAACAUUGUCUGUCCACCCCCUAUGUUUUACAAUAGUGAAGCAUCACCUGCUCUCAUAGUAAAAAGGAACAUUUCAAAAGUGUUGUAUGAUGCAGAAUUACCAGCAAAUGAUCUCUCUGAAAUAGAGAGCUUUGAUGGUUAUGGUCUACAUACAGAAAAGUUAGCCAAAGAAAAGAUUAUUAACCAAAGGACUUCAAAAAGCAUUCAAUCAGUUAAGUUCCAACCUUCUACAAUAGGCAAAGUAUUAGAACCUGCUGUACCUCGAGCCAGACCAGGAGAACAUGUUCUUGGUUUGCAAGUAGCUCCUAAUCUGGAUGCAGUAUUUCCUUUAUUAACAGCCCUUUUUAAUGAAUUGUCUUCAAUACAGAAUCCUAAACUUCUAUUAAAUGUUUCAAACAAAUUACAAGCAGCUACUUUGAAAUCUUCAGAACUCACCAGUUCCCCAGACAAAAAAACAGAAAUUCAGCCAGAAGAUAAAAAAUUAUCUUCAUCUGUUGUUUCAGCUGUUGCUGCUGCAUUGACAAGAAAACUAGAGAUAUCAAAAGAAAACAUUCAAAGAGGCAAUAGCGAACAAGUAAAAAAAGAACAUUCUCCAUUAUUUCAGCAACAUCAUCAAAGUCCUUUGAAAGGCCAAAAAUCAGUUGCUGAUAAAGAAAACAAAAAAAAUAAUAAAAAGCAGAAUCUGGUUCCACCUGCUGCUAAAGGCAAACUAGUAUUCGGCAUGACUCAUACUCAAAGAUUAAGGCUUCAGAAGACUAAUCCCCAGUGGUUGAAAUUGGCAGAGAAAGAAGCAACAGACUUGAAAGCCAAAACUCAAACCAUGAAAAAAACAACCGAUAUUGAUGACAUGAAUGCAACCACAUUUUCAGAUACACUAACUGAAGUAAGGCGUUUAGCUGAGAAAGAGUUAAACAGCACUGUUGGUGGAGAUACACUGUUAAAUUUAGCCAGUGAGCUAAAGUCAACAGCAGAAAAAGAUAAAAUUAUGCAACAGAAAGGUGUACAUCAUAAAUCAAAUCCUCAAGUUACUAAGAAAGGUAGAUCUGAAAAGUUCUCUGAGCAUAAAAUUGAUCAAAAUUUAAUAUCCAAAUCACAACAGCUGAAAGCCAGAAACAGGUUAAGACAAAAAAGAAAACUACACCAGAAAGGACUUAGAAAAGAAUUAUCAAAUGAUGCUAUGAAUAGACAGAAAUCACCUUUAGCUCAGAACACAGGUAAACUGAUAAAUAAAUUUAAAAUAAUCAUUUAAAAUUUAUUUAUUUUCACAUAGAACGUAACAAAAUGUAUUCUAUUUAUAAUAUUCUUUAUACAACAAAAUAAAGUUAUCAAGGAAAAUAAUUAACAAUAAUAAAAAUACAUUUAAUAUUUUAGUAAAUUUGAAACAGUAAGCCAAAAUGUAAAUGAUGUUUUCAUUACUUGAAAUUUCAGAUUAUGAUGAUCAGUUAAGUGUGCUCAGUGAUGUUCUAAGUUCAAGAAGCCGGUCAAUUGAAGUUCGUCUCCCAUCAGCUGAACCAGAUCUUGAUGACACCACUACCAGUCUGUCCGAUAAAGGAGAUGAAGAUGAUGACAUUGAAGAAGAAGACAUUCCCCUACCAGAUGACAGCUCAAAAGAGCGUCCAAGGAGUAAUAUUAUCAACUUCCCAAGAUACGUAUCCAAAGAUGUGUCGCUUCCUGAAUCUAUUGAUGGAGUUCAUAAUGCUUCUUUAAAUAUUUCAGAAACGGUUGAAAAUAACUCGCCAUUGGAAUCAACUCGUCAGUCGAAAAGUUGUACCUCUGAUCAGAAUGACUCAAAGGUCUUACAGUCCACAGAUUAUGACACCCGUCAGUUUCAUUCUACGGAUGAGAUAGAACUUCAGGGCUUAAUCAGUGAAGAGGCGAACAUUUCAGAUGCCCCUGACAGUGGAAGAAGAUCUGUUUCUUUGGUGGCAAACUCACAAAAAUUUCCUGUUAUUAAUCCACAGUUGUCUGAAAACUCACCAGUCCCAUCAAUCAGAAGAUCAACAACAAAGAUUGAUCCAUUGGCAUACAGUCAUCUUCAUUCUGGGUCUUUUUCUAAAGAUCGCAAUCAGCUUCCAUCUCCCAGGCCCUCAACCCCAAAAGGUACUAUUGUCAAGGGAGAGCUACCUGAAAAAGCAUAUUUUAAACCACAAGACAGUGGUCUCACAACACCAAAAUUGAAGACCACACCAAGGUCUUUGUCUUCCAGUCCUAAACACCCCACGCCUCGCCCUCGAAGACCGAUGAGAGAGUCUAUCCACACAGAUUCUCUGAGCUCAUAUAUGCCCUCAGAUCCAGAUAAUGUCAUUGUGUCCUUAUCCAGCAACUCUGGUAACUAUUCUGAUGAUUUCUCAGCAAUUCACAGUGGGGAAAGUGCAAACUCUUCUGCGGAACAAUUUCCUAAAAUUAUCUCUAGUGCUAAGCUGGGAUAUACAAUCAACUGAUAUAGGACCUAAGCUUUUUGACAUAUUAGUCUAUUUAUUUCUUUUAGCCUAAGGAAAGAUUUUUUUUAUGUACAAAAAAAAACAACUAAAUUAAUAACUAGCAAUGUUGAUUACCCAGGUAUAAGAUAUGUUUUCCUAAGUUUUAAUAGUUUUAACACCUGGAAAGAGAAUUGAAUUUUUUUUAAAUAAAUUUAAUUAUAUUUUUUCUGGUGAUUAAUAAACAUAUCUUUCAAUUUAAAAAAAAAUGCAAAGAGUAAAAGCUUUUUUCCCCCUUCAACAUAGAUAUAUCACUUUAUCUCAAUUAGUUGGUAGUCCUGACGCAGAAAGACAAGCCAUGUAUCAUGGAAUCCAGUAUUUUCUUAAAUCUUUUCAUGUUCCUUGAAGUACUGUAGCCUGUAGCUUACCAAUUGCCUUGUUGAAUAUCAUUAUUUUAUUCCUUAUUUACAAUUACAAGUCUGUAAUAUUUAAUAAGUGUAUGGUUCACUUCUUGUUAAUAAUCUAUGUAACUUGUAGCCUCAAACUUAAGCUAAUAAUUUAAGGCAAUUUCUUCCACCUUUAGUGAAUAUUUCACCUGUCAAUUGCCCAAUACAAGACUUUAAUUUAAGUUUAAGUUAAAUCAGAUGAAUAUCUGGCCUUAGCUAGAACUUUGUAUUUGAAUGGAAUUCAUCAUAUAAAUAUUCAUCACAUAACAAAUAAUUUAUUAUUAUUGAAAUUGCAG